AUGGAUAAUAACUUGAAUGAAACAUAUAUAACUCUUGAUGGGUAUGUGGAAAUUGACCAAUACAGAUAUCUUUAUUUUAUGAUCAUGUUUACAGCAUAUAUUCUAAUACUCUGCAUUAAUUCCACUAUUGUGUCUCUCAUUGUGAUUCACAAAACCCUCCAUGAGCCCAUGUAUAUUUUCAUUGCAGCCUUGUUACUGAACUCUGUUCUUCUCAGCACUUCUCUCUACCCAAAGCUGUUGACUGAUGUCUUAUCUAAAAAACAGAUUAUAUCCUAUUCAGCCUGUCUCUUUCAGUGGUUUGCAUAUUACACUCUGGCCAGUUCAGAGUUCUUACUGUUGGCAGCCAUGGCCUAUGACAGGUAUGUGUCUAUAUAUAAACCUCUGCAAUAUCCAACUAUCAUGAGAAAAUCAAAGGUCUGUAUUUUCCUGGUUUUAGCUUGGCUCGUGCCUGCAGGUCUGACAGCAGUGCCAGUUCGCCUGAGUGCUGAUGUUAAACUCUGUAACUUUACUGUUAAAGGAAUCAUUUGUAGCAGUACAGUAUACAAACUUCACUGUGUUAGCUCAAGGUUGUUUUAUAUAUAUGGUUUGGUUGUUUUGGUAAAUAUUGUAAUUUCCCCAGUGCUUUUCAUACUUUUUACCUACACCAGGAUACUUAUAAUAUCUUAUCGAAGUAGUAGAGAAGUCAGGAGAAAAGCUGCACAGACCUGUUUACCUCACCUGCUGGUUCUAAUCAACUUCACCUGUUUGAUGGGAUUUGAAGUAAUUCUGUCUCGACUGGACAUAGAUUUUCCAAAAACUGUGCGUUUGAUAAUGACAUUACAAUUAAUUUUGUACACUCCUCUCUUUAAUCCAAUCAUAUAUGGAUUAAAAAUGAAAGAAAUCUAUAAACACCUCAAGAGGUUGUUCUGGCGAGUCAAAUUUUUCUAAUGUAAUAAAAGGUGCACAGUCAUUGUUUACUGUUUCUCUGAACUUUAAAAAGCACUGAAUCUAAAGAUUUGUUUCUAAAACUACUCGACAUUA